AUGUCUGCAACAUCAAGCGAAAUUGUGGCUCUCGAUCGGAUUUCCUCACUCUCAGAUCAGAAAUCACUUCGUAGUGAUGACGUAUAUGCAGAAGAGCAUCAAGACAAAACCGAAAUGGGCCGCCAGAUGCAACAUGACUGA